AUGUUUAGGGGUGGUCAGACCAACAGUUACGACGAGGUCGUCGCCAAAACGACUGAUGAGAACCUGACGGGCGAGAACUGGGAGAUGAUUCUGAAUCUAUGCGACAAGGUGCUGGAUGAGGGUGAACAAGGCGCGCGCAACGUCGUUGCUGCCGUCCUGAAACGGCUGGCGCAUCGCAAUCCGAAUGUGCAACUAUAUACGCUGACUCUUGCGGAGUCUCUGACGAAGAACUGCGGGAUUGAAGUGCACAGGGAGAUCGCGUCGCGCGCAUUUACCCAGGGGCUCGAGAAGCUGGUUACCGAUCGGACAACGCACGAAAAGGUACGGCGGAGAGUUCUGUCAAUGAUUGCUAUGUGGACCGCGGAAUUCGAGAAGGAUCCUACACUGGGGAUUAUGGAGGAAUCCUUCGAGUCCUUGAAGAGCAAGGGAUACAAGUUCGAGACGCCAGACGAGCCUCCUCCGCCAGAUGUGGAUGACGAAGUCCGUCGUCGGGAAGAGGAGGAAUUGCAACGGGUCCUCGAGAUGUCCAUGCAUGAUAAGGGUGGGCGCCAACAAUGGGCCGACUACUCGCUAGCAUCGUCGAAUGGUGCAGGCGGAUCCGGAUCCAACUCGAACUUACCCGCAACUAACACCGCUCAGCCGACUCGCCAACAACAAAGCUACACACAGCCUAGCUAUGGCGGAUACGUACCCUCAGCCAGCCCGGCGAUCUCCGCUGCCAAUACGUCCUCGCCGUCAACUCUCACAACCGUAAGCUCAAGUACAAUGUCAUCUGCCCCACCCAGUGCGUCAGGCCAGGAAAACAUCUCCGUUGUCACUCGGGUCAGGGCGCUGCACACCUUUGAGCCUACUGAGGCUGGAGAGCUGGCCUUCGAGAAGGGCGAUAUCAUCAAAGUCGUCGAUCGGGGAUACAAGGACUGGUGGCGUGGCCAACUGAAGGGUAGGACGGGUAUCUUCCCUGUGAACUAUGUGGAGCCGUUGCCGGAACCUACGGCGGUUGAACUCGCCCGGGAGGCGGAGCAGGAGGCUACUGUGUUUGCGCAGGCUGCGAAUGUGGACCGUCUGCUGACGCUGCUCCGUGGCAUGGACCCCGCCAAGGAUAACCUAGCAGACAAUGAAGAAAUCCAGGAGUUGUACCGAAACUGCAUGACUUUGCGUCCAAGGAUCGUCAAGCUCAUUGACAAGUAUAGUCAAAAGCGAGCUGACCUGGUCUCGAUGAACGAGACCUUCGUGAAGGCUAGGACCAUCUUUGACCGAAUGAUGGAAGAGAGCCUCGCUAGAAACACCGCUAUGUAUGAUCCGCGUCCUCCAUACGCUCAGCCUCAGUCAUCGUACAUAGCUCGCCCUGAUUCUCGUGGCCGUCAAGAAUAUGGUAUGCCUCCGGGCCCUCAGCCAUACGGUUACAGUCCAGCUGGCUAUGAUCAAGGGUACAGCGCCUAUCCUCCUCCCCAACCCGGCUACGUUCAAGGUCCCGAGCGAGCCUACUCUCCCGGCGCCCGACCCCAGUCAACAUACGACCCCAACGCAUACGCGCAGAUAUCACAGACGAUGUAUGGCCAACCACAGGUCUACGGCGCGCCGACGUCUUACGGCGGUCAGGCCGAGCCGCAGAUCUACCCUGCCGGUCAGCCUACCCAGCCAGCACAGGCGCAGCAUCAGCCGCACCCACAGGCGCAAGCCACGCCAUUCCAGCAGGUCGCUGUUCCCAUGCAGACCCAGCCUACGCCGACGCCGCAGGUGCAGGUACAGGCUCAGCCGCAGCCACAAGUGCAACCUCAGCCGCAGCCGCAGACUCAGGCACAACCUCAGCCGCAGGCUCAAGCUCAAGUCCAAGCUCAAACGCAGCCUCAGCCCCAGCCUCAGAGGCAGAGCGGCCCCCCUUUCGUGUUCGAUCCCAACACGACGUAUCCCGAUCCGAAUGUGCAGGCCUGGGCGCAGUAUUAUGCGCAGGGCGGGACGGAUCCGACGGGUUCCAUCUACUUCAUCUCCGUGCCCGGUGUCAAAGAAGGCUCCCUGGCGCAGACUGUCUCACGAAGCGACUCUCAGGACACUGCCGUAGCCCAGCAGGCACAAGCGUCUACAACGUCUUUGAACGCGUCGACGCCUCAGAGUCAGUCAGCGGGCGAGAGUGGUACGGCACAUGCAGGGUUCGAGGGUGGGCAGCAGCAAGCGCCUGGAAGCCCGACUGCGAGCGUGCACCAGCAGCCCGCGUACGGCGUGUCGCCCUAUGGCGUCCCUCCGGCCGGGUACACCGCUUCACCAGCUCCUGGCAUCUCUAUUGGUGCUACUCAAGGAGAGCCUCAGCAGGGUGUAUGGCAGGCGCAGUAUCAAGGAUUGCCAAACCAGUUCGCGGGAAUGCAGGUUUCUGGUGAGCCUGCGCAGGCUUCACAUCCUGGGCCACAGGGUGUCGGCGCGCCAGCAUAA